GUCGUCGGGGGCGUGGCCGGCGGUGCUCAUGAAUAUGCAUGACAGCGCCGGUGGAGGCCCCGGUGAGUCACGGGAGAGGCGGCAGCUGUAGCGUGAGACCCGUGGGGACAGUAACCCCUCCUCCCUGCCYUCUCUGCGCCCCCCACGUGUGUGCCCGGCCCGCCCCCGACAUGGGGCUGAUGUGGGGAAGGGGCUGACCCCACGCCGUGCCCCCCUUGUUCCAGCAUCGUCAUGGCUUCCCAGCCACAGCCCCUGCACCCUGCCGUGCCCUGCGCCUCCCCCACCGGCACUGGGGGGGUCGGGCUGGCCGGCAGCCCCGACAAAGGCAGCACACGCCCCAAGCCCCCGGUGCGGCCCAAGCCCCGCGUGCUGCCCAAGCCGGCAGUGCCCGCCAAGCCACCGGUGCCACCCCCAGUGCCAUCCCCUGUGCCGGGCCCGCGACACCCCCGGCCAGAGCUUCCCUCGGCCGAGAAGAUGAACCGCCUGGCCGGGCCCCAGCCCUAUGGCAGCGGAGGCACGGGGGGGCUCCUUCGGCGCCCCUCUUUCACUGUCAAGUCGCCCGAGACCCCCAAUGGGAAGGGGCUCUCGUCACCCCCAGUUGCAGCUACCGAGGAGGAGGUGUCCCCGGCCCCGCCGACCCCCUCACGCAAGGGCCCCGCGCCCUUCAAGGUGACGCCGGUGCCGGUGGCCACCAGGCCAGAGCGGUUCCCAGGCACCACCGUGGAGGAGAUCCUGGCCAAGAUGGACAGCAGGGAGGGCCCGGGCAGCCCAGACCGGGCCUGGCUCUCGCCCUUCUGYACCGACUCCUCCUCCCGCUUCGGUUCCAAGACCUUUGCUGCCUUCCGGAGGCGUCCCAGUGGGGAGGCAGAUGGAGACCCUGCCGGCGAAGCCCCCCAGACRCCCCGAUCUGCAGGGGGCGAACUGGGAAUGGGGGAUGACGGACGCCCCGUGGCCGAGACGAGCAGCUCCCCCCCAGCCGGGCUGAGCUGUGCCGGGGACCCCCGUGGACGCCGGAGGCCACCGUCCCCCCCUGACCUUUCCUCGCUGCAGCUGGGUGCCCUCGGACCUCCAGGCUCCCCAAGGCCCCCCACCAGCCCAGUCCCAGCCCCAGGAGCUCCUUUCCAGCCUGCUGAGCCCUCUGCCCCAGCCCCUGGCUCCCCUGAUGCCCCCCCUGAGCUCCUGGCCCCUGACUCCCCCACGCUGCCCCCCGGCUCCCCCGAAUCCCCUGCUCGCCCUCCAGCCGAGGUUCCCGUCACCUCCAUCCAGGCCCCGGGUGCUCCCUCAGCCACUGAGCCCCGGCUCGGUGCCUCCCGUUCCCCCGGCUCCCCYCACACUCCAGGGGAGGAAUCCCCUGACACUGCCAGCCGCCCUGGCACUCCUGAGCUGCCUCCCCAAGUCACGUGCCCUCCUGGCUCUCCCGAGGCUGCUGCCGAGUACCUGGGCCCCCCCAGCCCACCCCUUGCCAAAGCCUCUCGUCCCCCAGGCUCCCCAGAGGGACCUGAUGACUCCCCAGUGUCCCCACAGUCUCAUGAGGGUCCUGAUUUCAACCCCCUUCCCAGGGAUGUGGGGCUCCGGCGCUCCUCUGAGGGGGUGCUGCGACCCCCACCCACAGGGCAGGGCCUGGGGGAGCUGGGGGGCUCACUGAGCGCCCUGCCCCGGCCUGGAGACCUCCUGUCAGAGCCCUCCCUGGGCAGUGAGUCCGGCUGGAGCCUUUCCCAGUCCUUUGAGUGGACGUUCCCAUCACGGGGGUCACGCUUGCCAGCCUUCCCACCCCGCUCCCCUAUCCGGGAGACACCUGACUCGGGGCUCUCCGAAGAUGGGGAAUCGGAUGGGGAGGCUGCUGGGGAGGCUGUGGCCCCCGUCCCCUCAAAGGACAGCAGGUCUGAAGGGCCUGACAGCCGGGGGGCAGAGGGGGCUCCAUGCCCAGGGGGUCCAGUGGCCCAGCAGGAGGCUGAGGGCUCGGCAGAGGAGGAGGCAGAAGGGGAGGCAGAGCGGGAUGCCCCCAUGUCCCACUCCCCACUUCACGUGACCGAGCCUGGCCAGGACCCCACUGAGCCUGAGCCCCCCACACAGUCCAACCUCACUGCAGCUGCCCCUCUGGAUCCAAGCCCCCCAGAUCCAGCCGCUCCAUCUGACUCAGCYUGGGCAGGUGAUGGCCCCAAGAGCCUGCAGGGUCCUGGGGGCCCAGGCCAGGCUGAAGGAACCUCACAGGGCCCUGACCCCCAUGCCGACCCGGGCUGGCUGACAGAGCUGCUGGCGUCCCCCGGGGUCCACGGCUCGCCGGAGAACCUGCUGGGCUGGUCACGGAAGGACCUGUGCAGUGAGUUUGGCAUUGGCCACCCUCGCCAGGACAGCACCUUCAACUGGAGCCACCCAGGUGUGUCCAGGGAGAGAGAYUGGGCUGCUGAGACCAAGCAGGACCAGGAAUUCGGGACCAAAUCCAGCUGGGACAGCACCCGCGGCAACAGGGACAGCACUGCCCAGGAGAGCUGGAGCGGUGACUACAGAGCAACRGAGCUGAUGAGGGACAUGAAACUGGGCUGCGGUGACUGGUCCCAGUCCCUCGGCACUGGGGACAGCUGCCUGCGAGAUCCAGACUUCAGUGCCAGCACAGCCAAGUGGGGCCAGGGCUAUGGCAGCACGCAGGAGCUCGGCUCYGGACAGGCCAGCUGGGGCAGCAGCCUUGGCACUGGACACGUCUGCCAGGACAAGGAGCCACACUCCGGACAGCCCACCUGGAUGGGCAGAUACAGCGGYGGGGACUCAGUGAUGAAGGACAGGGAGCUCACCCCAGCCUGGGCCAGUAAAUACAGCAGCCAGGAUGCUGGGAGYAAGGAUGAGGAUUUAACGCUGGGCUGGGCUGGCAGAUCCAGCACUGGGGACACUGGGAACCCAGAUAAGGAGCUCAGCCACAGCCGGCCAGCCUGGGACAGAAGGUACAACACCAGGGACAUGGAGAGCCAGGACCGGGAGUUCAGYCCCAGUCGGCCAGCCUGGACUGGAGAAUACAGGGACACGGAAAGCCAGGACUGGGAGUUCAGUCCCAGCCGUCCGGCUGAAAGCAGUGAGUGCAGCACCAGGAAUGUGGAUUCCCYGGAGCAGGAACUCAGCYCCAGCRGAGCAGCCUGGGAUAACAGAUACAGCACCCGGGACAUGGAGAGCCAGGACCGUGAGUUCAGCCCCAGCCGGCCGGCCUGGACUGGUGAAAUCAGGGGCAUGGAAAGCCAGGACAGGGAGUUCAGCCCCAGCAGGCCAGCCUGGGCUGGUGAAUACAGGGAGAUGGAAAGCCAGGACCGGGAAUGCAGCACCAGGGACCUGGAGACCCAGAGUGGGGAGUUCAGCCCCAGCGGAGCAGCCUGGGGUGACAGAUCCAGCCCCAGGGACAUGGAGACRCAGGAUAGUGAAUUCACACCCAGCAAAGCAGCCGGGGAUGACGGGCACAACACUGGGGACAUGGAGACCCAGAAUGWGGAGUUGUUCAGCCCCAGCGGAGCUGUCUGGGGUGACAGAUCCAGCAGCAKGGAUGUGGAGGCCCAGGAUGGAGAGCUGAGCCCCAGCAGCGCAGCCAGGGAUGGGCAGCACAGCUCUGUGACCCCCAGGGAGGAAGAGCAGGACCUGAUCCCGGCCCGGCUGAGCUGGCCCAGUGAGGGCAGUGUCGGACAGACUGAGCUGGUCAGGGCUGCUGAGGAGGACAUGCCCAGCUCCCACCACCCCGAUCGCCCGGCCCAGGAGCCCACGUGGGGCAGUGCCCACCAGCAGGAGCAUGGCAGCUCUGGCAGCUCUGGCAGCAGGGACUGGGCUGAAGAGCUCAGAGCAGCUGAGUGCCACAACCAGUUCGGUGUCAUUGGGACAGAGCGGGUGCUGGACCCCUGCAGUGCCGGAGCCUCGGAUGGCUCUGUGUCCGGGGUCCUGCCACAGCACCAGGCAGGCUGGCACMGGGAUCUCUCUCUGGACAUAGGCAGUGCCUGCUGGAGCCAGGACCURGGAAGCUGGAGCAUGGAGCCACAGGAUGCCAAGGCCAGGCGCCAGGAGUGGGCGAGUGCCUUUGGCGCCCGCUGUGCYGCCCGCAGCCGGGACCUUGGUGUGGGGGAGCAGAGCCUGGGAGGGGACACCGGCGCAGAGCACGGCAGGUUGGUCCCCAGCCUGUCAAUGGGUGACAUUCCAGCUGAUCCCCCAGCUGUGGAGCCCCCGUGGAGCGAGCCACCUAGCCCUAAGGAGGAGAGAGACCCUUCUGAAGUGUCUGCUGCCCUGCAGAGCCCCAAAGCCCUCCCUCCGCUGCCAGAGGCUGCCACUGGGAUCCCAGCAGACACAGGAAGCGAGGAACACCCCUCUGACCACCCGGAUGGGGAGAGCUCCUCUGGCUGGGGGGAGCAGCGGCUCUCUCUGGGUACCCCCCAGCCCRAGGGGUCUGUGGAGCAGGGGCAGGAAUUUCCUCUGCUGGAGGACACGGAGCUCCUGGACAGCAGCGUGCUCCGCAGCAAGGCCAGCCUGGGCCGCAAGCGCCAGCACCGGGCACCGUCCCUGCGCCCCACUGCCACUGARGGGGAGAGCUGGAUCUUCCGGGACUCCACGGAGCCCCGGGCAGCGCUGGCAGCGUCCUCCGAUGAGGAGGCAGCGGAGGAGCCCAGGAGCCGGCGGAUGCGGGGCUCCCCCUCGGGCAAGGGGGUCAAGGUGCCCCUCUUUCCUGGCCUCAGCGCCUCCGCCAUCAAGGCCAAGCUGAGGGGUCGCAACCGCUCUGCUGAGGAGGGGACAUCAUCAGGGGACAGCAAGGGGACCACCCCUAAGGACCCCCACGUGCAGCGCUCCAAGUCCUGCAAAAUUCCUGUGAGUGGGAAACCUCCAGCGCUGCCCCCCAAGCCAGAGAAAUCCUCAGGAUCCGAGGCCUCUCCCCCACACUGGCUGCAGGCRCUGAAGCUGAAAAGGAAGAAGCCCUGAGCGGGGCUCACUCCCUGACGCCGAUGGCCGCUGUCCCCGGACCAGGGCUGUCCCCUCCCACGGGACACACAGACACACAGACACACACACCUAUGCACUUUGUACGAG